GGGAGCGGGGAUAGCAGGCGGUGCGCGGUUGGUGCGGAAGACCUCGGAGGGCCGUGUGGGGACAGCCAAGACCUCCACGCCUCUGCGAUGCUGGUCUGCCUUCCAGGAAGCUGGUGACACAGCCUGGGGUUGAGGACACUGUCCACUCUCCAGCCACCCGCCCUCUCUGACUUCAUCUGCUUCCCGGGGUCCUGGCCAAAGGGACACACUCCCAGGAAGCCACCAGGCACCAGACGCUCCGGAGAGACCCCAGACCUCCAGGGUCCUGGCUGUGGGUCCAGAUCCUGCUCCCGAGUGACAUUUUGGCCAAAUUGGAGACCCUCUUGCAAGAGACGGUGUUGACGGCCAGGAUGGAGAACACUUCUCUCGUCUACGAGUAUGGGCACUAUGAGGAUAUUUUGGAUUUCCCUGUGGACUGCGACGACAACACCUGUGUCUCUGUGGAGCCGCUCCGCGUGGCCUCUCUCUUGCUGUACGCCGCAGUCUUCCUGGUCGGGGCACCGGGCAAUGCUGUGCUAGCCUGGGUGACCUGGAAGGAGGCCCGGCAGAGGGUGGGCGCCACCUGGUUCCUCCACCUGGCUGUGGCGGAUCUGCUCUGCUGCCUGUCCCUGCCGUUCCUGUCAGUGCCCCUCGCCCGUGGAGGCCAGUGGCCCUACGGGGCAGUGGGCUGCCGAGCCCUGCCCUCUCUCAUCCUGCUGUCCAUGUACACCAGUGUCCUGCUCCUGGCUGCUCUCAGCGCGGACCUCUGCCUGCUGGCCCUCAGGCCCACCAGCUGGGCUGUGGCCCGGAGGGCGUGCCGGGUGCAGGUAGCCUGUGGGGCGGCCUGGUCCUUGGCCUUGCUGUUGACCAUGCCCUCGGCCAUCCACCGCCGCCUGCACCAGGAGUACUUCCCGCCCCUGCUGGAGUGUGUGGUGGACUACGGCGGCUCGACCACGACUGAGAUCACUGUGACCGCCUCCCGGUUUACUUUUGGCUUCCUGGGGCCGCUGGUGGUUGUGGCCAGCUGCCAUGGUGCCCUCCUGUGCCGUACGGCCCCACGCUGCUGGCCACUGGGCACGGCCGUUGUGGUGGGCUUUUUCGUCUGCUGGGCCCCCUACCACAUUCUGGGGCUGGUACUCACUGCGGCUGCCCCACACUCCCUGCUCCUGACCCAGGCCCUGCGGGCCGAGCCCCUGGUCGUGGGCCUUGCCCUUGCUCACAGCUGCCUCAAUCCUGUGCUCUUCCUGUUUUUCGGGCGGGCUCAGCUCUACCGGUCAUUGCCAGCCACGUGUCGCUGGGCCCUGAAGAACUCAUGGAGCAAGGAUGAAAGCGUGGUCAGCAAGAAGUCCACCAGCCAUGACCUGGUCUCAGAGAUGGAGGUGUAGGCCAGAGGCAGACUGGUUGGCAUCCUUCUAUUCCAUGUCACAAAUCUGGCCUCAGGCACAGAGAGAUCCAAGGGUUUAAUGAUAUUGUCAUUUAUUCUGUUAUUCACUCAACAAACAUUCAUUAUGUAUCUGCUAUGUGCAAAGCCCUAUUCUAGGCACUGGGAUGUGGCAGUGACCAAAACAGACACAGGUCCCUGCCCUCAGGAAGCUGACAUUCUUAUAGAGAAAGACAGACAAUAACCAAAGAAAUGAAGAAACAGGGAAUGUGCCCCUGGGGUAGAGUGGGAUUGGAGCCAAGAUCUGGAAAAGGAAGAGAAGAGGCAUGUUUAAACCUGGAGAAAAGCAUUUCAGGCAAAGGGAACAGCACGUGCAAAGGCCCUGAGGCAGAAUGUGCUUGGCAUCCUCCCCAGGACCAUGACGAGGCCAGUGUGGAUGGAGCCGAGAGAGUGGGAAGGAGAGAGGUGUGAGAUGAAGGGAAUGGCGUGGGAGCACAAACUUGCAAAGCCUUCUAGUUCAUAGCAAGGCGUUUGGGGAUCCACGGAAGUGUCCUGAGCUACUGAGACCAGGUGAAAUACAAAGCGCCCAAUUAACUUUGAGCUUCAGAUACACCAUAACCACAAAGAUCUUUUUAGCACGAGUAAGUCCCAUGCAAUAUUUGACCUAUUGUUAUACUAACACAUUACUUGUGGAUCUGAGAUUCAAAUUGAUAUAUAUAUUUUUUGUUUGUUUGUUUAUUUGUAUGUUUGUUUUCUGAAUCAGGCAACCCUAUUCCGAGCGGAGAAGGGUCCUGAUUUGACUUGGAUUUUAAUGGGACCCCUCUGGGUGCUGGUGGAGACUGACCAGAGUGGAGAGGAGAGGGCGGUGAGGUGCAAGAGGGGAUGGUGACUUGGAU